GUGUGGGGGAUGGGCGAGAGAGGGGCGGAGAGGAGGAGGAGGAGGGGGAGGGGGAGGAGGAGGAGGAGGAGGAGGAGGAGGAGGAGGAGGAGGAGGAGGAGGAGGAGGAGGAGGAGGAGGAGGAGGAGGAGGAGGAGGAGGAGGAGGAGGAGGAGGAGGAGUUGGAGGAGGCGGCGGAUGAUUCAGAAAGGUGCAGCACAGGAGACCCCUGCAGCCAGCAGCUGACUCCCCCUCCCCCCAUCCGCAGC